CACUCAGAAUCUCUCAUAAAUUUUCUUGUCCCAUAAAACCCAAUAUACAAAGCAAGGGCACCGUAUAGCCAUACGACUGACUCUCUUUGCCUUGAGACAUCAAAGCUGGUGCACUUGUACAAAGUCAAUGCACCGACUGUUCUGCUCCUACUCUCCGGAUCUCUGUCUCUCCAAGCUCACUUUCAGGUGAGCUUUCGUUGAAACUGGUUCUGGGUCUUGAUCUGCUCUCCUCUCCUCUCCUCUUCUGACUUUUCUUUUUUUUUUUAUGUAUUCUCAUUUGGGUUCUGCGUUUUCCAAUUGGUUAAUGCUGAGAAAGAACAAGACAGAACAGAAUAAUAAAAUUGAUCAAUGCCGGGAAAGAACAACCUAAGUACUCAGAGCUGGACAAGUAUAUUUUUCUCUGUUACAGACAACCUUGAGCUGCAAACGUUUGGUCAGAUUCCUUCAGACCAAUCGCAGAAUAUGCCUCAAGACAGGCUGAGAUCAGCGGUGUAUAGAUCAUUUGUCACUUGUGACGAUCCAAAAGGAAUUGUAGAUUGUAAGACAAUAAGAAAAUCAAGGACAAGCAGUGAGAAAAUAGAGCAUAAGAUCGAAAGCCGAAGAUUACCAAAGAACUCAAAUACGUCCAUUUCACACAAGGCAGAUAAAAAGGAGAUGCUCUCCAAAGGGUUGACAGAAGAAGUUCCUAGUCCAUCCUCCUUUCAAGUCAUGGAAGUCUCCAGAGGAGCUCAGAAACUGAACCAGACGAUUGACUCGUGGUCCAAAGGAGUGAGAUAUGAUGGGCAAUCUAAAGAUAUUGCAAAAGAUUUGUUGAAAGAAGCUCUUGAUCUGCAGGAGUCUCUAAUCAUGCUAGGAAAGUUGCAAGAAGCUUCAGAUUAUAUGGGUCGAUUGAAAAGGAAGCAGAAUGAGAAGACAGAAAGGAGAAGGAUUGAUGAAAUGGGGAUUAAGAGAACAUAUUCUAGUAAAUUUGGGUAUCAAAAGCUCCCAAAGGGAUUUCAAAAGCCAAGAGUUUCAGUUGAUGGCUCUUCAAGGAAUCACAACAUCGAGGAGCUUAAGAAAGUGAUCAAUGACAGCCUUGCUAGGCAGAAUCUAUUGCCAAACCCAUCCUCUGAAGAAAUGGGUUUUCUUACUCAAAGAGACUCGGACACGGCUUCAGAGAUCCCUUCCACAAGCUCAAACAAGUCUUUGAUGGUUCAUUCAAGUGAUUUUUGUUCUACUGAAUCCUCUCUUUCAUCAACAGCUUCACAGAAGAAGUCAAAAACUCCAAAUUUGAUUGCCAAGCUUAUGGGUCUAGAAGAGCUCCCUUCAAAGACACUGCAGGCCACUCUCCAAGAACAUUUGGAGAGUGAAAGAAUUUCAAGUCAGCGAAGGCUGCUUUUUGAUAUCGAUAUUCCGAAAGGAAGCAAUCCCCAAUCUAUGGCACAGCAUGUGGAUCCAGAGCUGAGGACACUGGAGAAAAUACUUGAAACCAUGCAACUCAAAGGACUUCUGAAAAGCAAAUCUGCCAAAGAGCUUAAGCCUUAUUCCUACCAUUCCAAUGAUUUCCAUUCCAAACACAGGUUGAUUGAUGAGAUACCGCCUGUUGUUCUUAUUAAACCUAUGCGUGUCUCAUGCCAGUUGGAGGAGCUCCACACACCAGUGCUGCAGGAAGAGGAAUCUUUGAACACAAAAGUAAUCCUCACAAAACCGAAAACAGUAGAAGAGCCUACUUCCAAAACUCGCAAAGGGGCUUUGAGUUCCAAGAGAGGCAAGAUGGAAGCAGCAGAGACUCCAAUAAAAAUGAUUAGCUUGGAAGAAGGAGCUAAACGACAUAAAGAAGUACUUAUGAAAAGAGAAGAGAAAGAAAUCAAGUUUAGAGAAAAGGAUUCAAUUAAGCUGAAAGCUUCUGGUCUUGUAGAUCACACACGACAGAAAAAAGAAGCAAUUGGCAAGAAGGCAAAAGUUGCUUCUGCCAGCAGGAAACCAACGGAGAUGGUGAAUGUGAGAGCUAAAAUUGUCUCAAGAUCUGAAGAUCACGCCAAGGCGAACUCUAUAAAGCCGAAAAAGGGAUCAAACAUUAUAAAUAACCAGACUCCCGGGCAGCCAAGUUCUACCCAAAGCACCAUCUUGAGACGCGCCUCAAAAACAAAAACUUCAAUUUCUAAUUCUUCUGAUCAGAAAAAGAAUCAGAUGAAGAAGACAACGCCUGUCAGGGAGCCUAAAGCAGCCAAAUCAGUUAUAGAGAGUUCUAGUUCCAAAGAAGAUGACAAGAGGAUUGAUCUUGGAAGUCAAAAUUGCUCUCCACAGAUAAGAACCGGCACUGCUCUGGGGGAUCAACUUCCUAUAGAGGUGGACAAAGAUGCCUCUCAAUGUCAUAUUGGAGAGCAUUGCAGUAAUAGAGAAAGUUCUCUUUCUGAUGUCACACCAUUGAGCCCCAAACAUGAAAUGGAUGAUAAAAUUGCCGAGGAAGCUUACCAUCUCAUCUUUCAUCCUAAAACAGAUACCAAAAGUUUCAAAACUGGAACUAAUCUCGAAGCUUUUCUCUUAAGCAGUCCAUCAUUUCUCAGUCGUGCAGUGGAGCUUUUUGAUCUCAAUGGUAGUAGUUCUACAAGUUUUGAAAUAUCAGGCAUAGAUGGUUUGGAAGUAGCCAAUGGGAGACUCACUUUAGGAUGCGCAAAUGAACUCAUUGAACGUAAAAGCCUUAUAGUUUCACAGAUGGUCCAUCCUCUGUUACUAACACCUGUGAGCAAUGUGAGAGCAUGCAUCUCAAUAGACAAGUUGGUGGAGGAAGUUUGUAAGGGUGUUGAAAAUCUGAGAAGCUACAGCAAGCUUGCUGGUGAGAGUCUUUGUGUAGACGGUCUUGCAAUGUUGGAGAGAGAUAUAAACUGCAAUGGUGUGGAAAAUGCAAUCUGGGUGGUGGGUUGGAGGCAUGGGUUUUCUGAUGAUGAUGCAGAGGACGUUGUGAAUGAGAUAGAGAAGUUGGUUUUCAAUGGGUUGAUAGAGGAGGUCCUAACAUAAUUGGUGGUUUGGUAUAUUAUACAGUUUUGUUUGGAUACAUAACACUAUUUUUUUUUUUUUCCCGGUAUAUAUAAUGGUGCAAUGCUGAUUACAAGACAGGAGAGCUGAAACUGUCAUCUAGUUUCGCAAGGUUGGGAUCAUUUCCAUGUGACUUGUUUUUAAGCAGUCAAA